GGCGGCUGCUGGGCGCUUCCCCGCGCUGCUGGGCGCUCUGCGCCUCGGCGGCCCCCGGCCGCAGCUUCCUCGCGCGCGCGGGGCGCGGGGCCUGGGGCUGCCUUCGGCGAAGGUGACGGGGAAAUGUGGUGCAGAAAGCUGUGAGUGAAGGGACUGGGGUGCCCAGCUCUGCAGAAGUUUCGAAGGGUGCAGUAGAGGACAGGAGUCACUGAACUAACUCCAAGCUGGUGUGCACAGUGUCUGGGCAGCUACCAGCCCAAAAGCUGGAGUCACCAUGGCGGCGGGAGUUGCAGCCUGGCUGCCUUUUGCCCGGGCUGCAGCCAUUGGAUGGAUGCCAGUGGCCAACUGCCCCAUGCCUCUAGCUCCAGCUGACAAGAACAAGCGGCAAGAUGAGCUGAUCGUCCUCAACGUGAGCGGACGACGAUUCCAGACGUGGAGGACCACUCUGGAGCGCUACCCUGAUACCCUGCUGGGUAGCACAGAGAAGGAGUUCUUCUUCAAUGAGGACACCAAAGAGUACUUCUUUGACCGAGACCCAGAAGUGUUCCGCUGCGUGCUCAACUUCUACCGCACUGGGAAACUGCACUACCCGCGCUACGAGUGCAUCUCUGCCUACGACGAUGAGCUGGCCUUCUAUGGCAUCCUACCUGAGAUCAUUGGAGACUGCUGCUACGAGGAGUACAAAGAUCGCAAGCGGGAGAACGCGGAGCGGCUCAUGGACGACAAUGACUCUGAGAAUAACCAGGAGUCCAUGCCCUCACUCAGCUUCCGCCAGACCAUGUGGCGGGCCUUCGAGAACCCACACACCAGCACCCUGGCCCUGGUCUUCUAUUACGUGACUGGCUUCUUCAUUGCCGUCUCGGUCAUCACCAACGUGGUGGAGACGGUGCCAUGCGGCACGGUGCCCGGGAGCAAGGAGCUGCCAUGUGGAGAGCGCUACUCCGUGGCCUUCUUCUGCCUGGACACCGCCUGUGUCAUGAUCUUCACGGUGGAGUACCUCCUCCGACUCUUCGCGGCACCCAGCCGAUACCGCUUCAUUCGCAGUGUGAUGAGCAUCAUUGAUGUCGUCGCCAUCAUGCCCUAUUACAUUGGCCUGGUCAUGACCAACAAUGAAGAUGUGUCCGGGGCCUUUGUCACGCUCCGGGUCUUCCGUGUCUUCAGGAUCUUCAAGUUCUCCCGCCACUCCCAGGGCCUACGGAUCCUGGGCUAUACCCUGAAGAGCUGUGCCUCGGAACUGGGCUUUCUCCUCUUCUCUCUCACCAUGGCCAUAAUCAUCUUCGCCACUGUGAUGUUUUAUGCCGAGAAGGGCUCCUCUGCCAGCAAGUUCACAAGCAUCCCUGCAUCUUUCUGGUACACCAUCGUCACCAUGACUACACUGGGAUAUGGAGACAUGGUACCUAAGACCAUCGCGGGUAAGAUAUUCGGCUCCAUCUGCUCCCUGAGUGGUGUCCUGGUCAUUGCUCUGCCAGUCCCUGUGAUAGUCUCCAACUUCAGCAGGAUCUACCACCAGAACCAGAGAGCAGAUAAACGCAGGGCACAAAAGAAAGCCCGCCUUGCCAGGAUCCGUGUGGCCAAAACAGGAAGCUCCAAUGCCUACCUGCACAGCAAGCGCAAUGGACUCCUCAACGAAGCCCUGGAGCUGACGGGCACCCCGGAAGAGGAGCACAUGGGCAAGACCACGUCACUCAUCGAGAGUCAGCACCACCACUUACUACACUGCCUAGAAAAGACCACUGGGUUAUCCUAUCUUGUGGAUGAUCCCCUGUUAUCUGUACGAACCUCCACCAUCAAGAACCAUGAGUUUAUUGAUGAGCAGAUGUUUGAGCAGAACUGCAUGGAAAGCUCAAUGCAGAACUACCCGUCCACCAGAAGUCCUUCUCUGUCCAGUCACUCGGGCCUCACCACCACCUGCUGCUCCCGUCGCAGUAAGAAGACCACACACCUGCCCAACUCCAACCUGCCAGCCACUCGCCUGCGCAGCAUGCAAGAACUCAGCACGAUCCACAUCCAGGGCAGUGAGCAGCCCUCCCUCACCACCAGUCGCUCCAGCCUUAAUUUGAAAGCAGACGACGGACUGAGACCAAACUGCAAAACAUCCCAGAUUACCACAGCCAUCAUCAGCAUCCCCACUCCCCCAGCUCUAACCCCAGAGGGAGAAAGUCGGCCGCCUCCUGCCAGCCCAGGACCCAACACGAACAUUCCUUCCAUAGCCAGCAACGUUGUCAAGGUCUCUGCCUUGUAAAAACACUGGACAGAGGGCCCGAGGGGGUAGUGGGGAGUAAAGGGGGCUGGCAUGUUGGUGGGUGGCCACUGAGACCACUCCCUCCCCCUUUCCCACUAUUUCUGCCUGCCCCAUUGCACCCCUAGCACCGAGACUUGUGCCUGGAGGGAAAAGGAAGCAGCAAAGGGUUCCUGAGGAUCCCACUGCUGGUGGGGACACAGCCCUGUGACAUUGCAUCUUGCUGGGGCCGGAGGAAGGGAGGGGGUGGGUAGGGGAUGGGCCAUUAGGAGGUGUAGGCCGCUUGCCUGGACAGGGCCUGGUGGGGGCACCUCAGACCAAAUAACAGUUGUUUCUGGAGACCCCAGCGAGGAAAACACAAGACCAAGAGCAGCUCAGAGGCCGAGUCGCCACACGCAAACAGGAAGAAAAAUAUAACACUGUGUAUUAAGCACCUUUUUCAAGGAUCUUAAUGGAUAAUAUUUAUUCAUGGGAAAAGGUGGAAAACAAAAUAAUCAAUGGAUUUUUGUGAAAUGUUUUUCUCCAUGGACCCAACACCUUUAAACCAAAACAAUGCAUUUUGUGAGGUUGGUUUUUAUUUUUCUCCUUUUAUAGCAAAAGCUUUUAGGCUCAAAGUCAGUUAUUGCUGAGUUCCCUUCCCACUCCCAGGGGGAGUGAGGUCACCUUUGCUGGGUCCUCACUGCCCAGCCGACCUGCACAGAGCUGUCAAGCAACCACACAGCAACCCUUCUGCUCCGUCCGUCUGUCCGUCUGUCUCCUGUCUCUGUACCUAUCUGCUUCACCUUGGCUGUUUCUGUAUCCAACUGUCUGUCUCACCAUGGACAGUAAAGCCUUCUCUGUCACUGCCAAGUACUGCAGACCUGUGCCUGGGAGUCAGGCCGAGCAAAUGCAAAUACAGAAAAGAGAGGAAGUCAAGUGGGGUGAGUCGAAGGGUGAGGUAAGUCGACCUUGUGAACAGAGGUGCUUCCCUUGUGAUUGGAACCACUUGGCUUUGUCGUUUGUUGUAGGGGGAGUUGGGGAAUAGUCAUGUGUAUCACACUGAGUCUUGAAAGUGGAAACAGCAACUUCAGAAAGCAGUUGUUUCAGCUCUACCCCAGGGAAGACAGAAGCACCAAGGCUCACAGCUUCCAGAGCUCCAGGGCACCUUGCUGUGGACCUUCCUUUAGGAUCCACCAUGAAGCCCAUGCAGUGAGUGCUCUGCCGAGCGGCUCCAUGAGCAUCCUCAAGUAAGAACAAUGGACUUACGGCCCGAGGCAGUUCCUAUACAGAGGUUGUGAAGGUUAAGCUUGUGUGCCUCGUGAGGGAUGUUUCAAAGCAAGAAAGCAAGCAAGAGGCUCUAGAUGAUUCUCUCCUGGUCUAAAAGAUGCCUUGAGGUCUGAGUCAUCUUCAGGCCUCAUCUCUGAAGACAGCUGAAGUGUGGGAACACUGAUGACCUCCACGCAAAUGAGGGAGUGGAGAUUACUUCUUGAAAACGUGGAUAAUAUGUUUGUUCAAGUUAUUUACAUGGUAGUGGGCCUGGGAACAGUAUUUCUGGAAUCUUCCUAAUCAUUUUCACCACUUACAAUGGAGCAGGUUAGCCUCGGGUUAGUUACAAGUGUCCUUUCCCGCCCUUCCCAACCCCAACUACUUUCCUGCGGUUUCUGAAGCCUGGGAUCUGAGGCAUAUGAGCUGCUUAGGAACUUCUCAUCCAUUUUACAGCUCACAGAUAAGCUGUUCAUUUGCAAGUCCAAAAUCUCUCUGCCUACUACAACUAUAGAUGGGUUUUUCUGGCCAGGGGCCUGAAAGCAUUCCUGGGCCUUCCAUGGCCCCAGCUCCAGUGACUCUGUACACAGAGGAGUCCAAGUGUUUUGAGGUGGUACCAAACCAUAAAGUGGACAGAAAGGCAGAAGGUGCCCUUCUUUCCAUCUUUAUCUCCCUGUCCUUAUCCUCAGUGGCUAUCCUCAGUGACAGUCCUUUCUUUAGAUCUGGCCCCAGGAUUUCCCCUUAUCAUGGGCAUGGAGUUAUUCUUGCAAUCCAGUAAUUCCGUACAUACAUUUUUAUCAGCCAAGGCAGAGAGCCAAGCUGGACCCAGUUUUAGCAGGUAGACAAAGAACUAGAAAAGGAUCUUUCUUUUGAAAGAAUGGACCAUGGGACAAAGGGAUGUCUAAGUGCAUGAUACAUCCUAAGAACUGAGUGGGAUAAGGAUACAGAAUUUAAAAAGAACACUGUUGCAGUCACAUACAAGCCACCAUUCUAUUUAAGAACAAGUCACUACAGGGCUAAGAUGAUGACUCAACCAAGGAUCUCCAUGUCAUUUGGACAGUGCACAACACAGCAUACUAUGGCUCUCAUGAAAAGAAAUAUAUUUUUUAAAUUGUGGCCCCCAAAUUCCAUGUUUUAUUGACUUGAGUGAACAGAUGUUUGUGUUGCUUCUAUUUCAUUUCCAAAGCCCAUAUCAUGCCUGUUCCCCCCAAAAAAAAAGGAUUAGACCCUCUUCACUUUCAUCUUCCCAUUGCAGUCUUGUUAGGGGAUAAGGGACCCAGCUCACCUGUGCGCAAAGAUAUCAACGAAGGAAAACAGCUCACAGCCAUAUAUCUCCUAAGGGUAUUUGUGAUUAAGUACAGGGACAAAAGCGUGCUGGAACAAUUUAGUAAGUCUGACUCAUUGGCUAGUAAGUGAAGAGCCAGGAUAUCAGAAUCUUCUGAAGACCAAUAGCUUUCUGGUGCAAUGACUCACGGUGCACAAACCAUGUUAGACUAACUGAAAAUUCCCCAAGCUACCACUCCAUUCAACCCUACUGAGCACUGGGAGAGGUUAUCAAAAAGGCAAAUAUAAAAAGCCUAAGACUGCAUUCAAAUAAUAAAUGGGAAUAACUUGGAAAUAUAAUAUUGAAUAUACCAGACCUAGAGAAGAUUAAACAACAGCUAAUUCAUUUUACAGUGUAGCAAACUGAGGCCCAGAGAACUUGAUUCCCUCAAGGUAAUGUAGUCAUUUAAGGAUAGAAUAGGGACCAGAGCACAAGACCCUUGGCUACUAGUCUAAUGUGUUUUGUUUUGUUUUGGGGUUUUUUGUUUGUUUGGGUUUUUUUGUUUUUUCAAUCACACUCUUUGCCUCGCAGAGUUAAUAAUAUGUUGGGGAAGGUCCAUCAAAGAUGCCAUGACAUAACUAGAGAUACUCUUGUGUAAAUGUCAACACAACUUGAUGUAGCCCUGGAAAUCACCUGACUAUACUAAUACAAAUUAUAGACAUCGGAGCCACCAUUUCUUGGGUAGAGCAAGCUACAGGUGAUCAGUUCUAUCAGAAAUAGGUGAAAAGGGAAUGUCCAAGAUUUUCCAGGCAAAUGCUCAAUUUUCUCAAAGAAAAAGAGACUUGGACAAUGACAUUUCAAAGCAUACUUUUCUGUUGCUUCUCACCACAAUCUGUGAAGGUAGUCAACUUAGUAAAUCCUUGAUUCAGAGAAAAGAAAUGGGCACAAAGAAACUGAAUGACUCAUCCAAGGUUCCAUGGCAAGUUAAUGGCAGAAUUAUGAUUUGAUUCAGAACUUAGACAUCAUGUCCUGGGAGAGUCUUCUAUAUCCUGCUCUAUGGCUCUAAGGUUUGCUCAUAUUUUUAAAAGCUGGAUUUCAAAGGAGAUGAUUAGGGGAAACAUUCCUGAAGUAGCAGGACCUCCUGAAACAGACCAUUAUUUCUUCCUAAUUCCCAUUUUUCCUAACUAGUCUCAAGCUCAGGACUAAUUGUACAGAACCCCUUUCAAAAGACCAGUAGAUACUCUCAACAACUGAGUGUUAUUAGAAUAUGACCACAUAAUUUGAACAGAUGUUAAGGAGGAUGGUAAAUGAUGAUCCGUGGCUGACAAAGGUCACAUACAGAACUGCUGAGGACAUUAUACAGUUGUUUUGUUUUCCCUGCAGUUCAGGAUCAAGUCAUUUUCUUAUCAGAAUGCAGGUAGGGAAAGUACCUGGGAGCAUUAUAGGCCUAGAUCAUUUUCCUUGUCUUUUUAAAAUAGCAGUAGUGAUUGAAAUUGAGCUAGCAUUAGAUUUGAAAUUAUUAAUGAAUUCUAGUGAUUCAGGCUCCCUCACUUCAAUUACUAGGUAACUAAGUAAGGCAGAAGAAGCCCAAUACCAUUCAUUUGAAGUAAUAGUUUCCCUUUCAUGCUAGUUGGCAUGGUAACCACCGUAAAAAGAACACGAGAGACUUUUAUUUUCCCUCUGAUUUCCUAAUGAAUUCUCAUUACUUGCAAAGCUUUAAAAUGAUGGGAUAAAGGAAAAACAUUGUCAUGACCCAUGACACUUGGAGCCCAAACAGCAUCAUGAAAAGCAUUAGAACCAAGGAAACAUGGCUUUGAAGAAUGAAAUGGCUUUUUAAAGGGGUUCCUUAUGGGUCUUGUUUUUUAUUCAGGAUAUUCUAUGUUUUCUCAUCAAAUGUAGUAAUGACAUUUAUCUUAGCAGGUUAUUUAAACUAAGCUGGCUGAUGUCACAUUAGCCAGUACAGGGCACUGACCCAAGUCCUGGGGGACUACUUGGACCAAUGGACUAUUUUACAAUCCAGGGAGGUGGGAGGGAUGGUAUAUUUUUGAUAAUCAGACAUUCCAAUGUUUUCCUUAGAGGUCAUGAGCUCCCAUUAAUGUUCUUGUGAAAAACAUCAAGUGUGUUCUUUUCUAUUUUCGUAUAAUUACUGGGCUUUGCUUAACAACAUCACAACGGCAAAGAAAUACACUGUACAAAACUGCAGGAAGACAAAUGUGAAAACUUUCUGUGGGGGAAGAAAAAGCUCUUAAGUUUCUUGUCUUCUUUUGAAACUGUAGUGCAUAUGUUAUAACAUGUAUAUCAUUUACAGUAUUGAGUCCUGUGCCACUGCUGUACCUGAUGUAUCCAAUCUGGAUUAAACAAACUAUGUGCCACAA